ACCGCACACUUUCUCUGGUCCAUCCAUUUCUCGGAAGGAAGACGGAAUCCUGAACAGCAGCAUGAGCGACACACUGAGGGAGUCCUUGUUGGUGAAGCUCGGCCAGCUUCAGUGCCACUUCACGUGGGGCCCACAGAUGGACAUCGUCGACCUGGACGACGUGAAGCAGAGGUUGCAGGAUUCGAUUAUCAUCGGCGGGAAGCACCAAGGCGUGCCGCACAACCAGCUGGCUUACAUCAACUACCUGCAGGGCAACUGCGAAGAAGCUCUCCGUGACUUAGAGGAGGCGGAGAGACGUCUGAGGGAGAUCCAUGGGGAUGGAUUUGAGAGGAGGAGCAUCGUCACCCAUGGCAACCGGGCCUGGUUGCAUUACCACAUGGGGCAACUCAGCGAGGCCCAGUCCUACCUCGACAAGCUGGAGGUGAUGUGUGGCCCCCUCACACAGGGCCCGCACGUCACGGUGCCCGAGGUGCUGGGGGAGAAGGGGUGGUCUUUGCUGAGCUCCCACUCUCAGUGCUACGAGGAGGCAAAGGAAUGUUUCGCCAGGGCUCUGGAGGAAGAUCCCGACAACACGGAGUGGAACAUGGGCUACGCCACCGCUCUGUACCGUCUGGAACCGAGUUCCGUGAUCCCGGAAAACCCCGAAGUUUGUCAGUUGGUGAGACAGCUGAGACGGGUGCUGGAGCUCGAUCCGGGUAAAUCUGUGGCCAGGGUGAUGCUGGCCCUCAGGCUCCAAGCAUUCCGGCAACAGGCAGAAGCGAAUAAAUUGGUUGAAGAAGCGUUGGGGACAAGCCCAGAUUCUCCAUUUAUGCUCCGCUAUGCAGCAAAGUUUUACAGAAUGCAGCGCAAUGUUGAUAAAGCGAUAGAGCUGUUGAAGAAAGCCUUAGAAUUCACUCCGCACUCUUCCAUCUUGCACCAUCAAAUGGGUAUCUGUUACAGGGAAAAACUAUUGGCUCUACGUAGAAAUCAAGGCAGUCGAGACCCAGGCCUGGAGGCUGAGUUGAUCGGCCAUUGCAAGCACCAUUGUGGAACGGCAUUUCAACUGAAGCCAUCGAAUGUAUUUGCAAAGCUGGAUUUUGCCAGGAUCUGCUUAAUGAAUGGUGAAUCAGAUAAAGCGGUGGAGAUAUACAACAAACUCCGGAGUUUAGAGGAUGUUUCUCCAGAUGAAAAGCAGGCAAUAGAGUUACAGCUUGGAUUAUAUGAACUGCAUCAUAACAAUUCUGAAUCAAACGCCAUCCACCAUUUUAUGGAAGUUGGAGCAGAUUGCAAGAAGGCAAAUUAA